CGGGAGCGCUAGUGUGCUCUGCGCUGGGCUGAGGGUGGGGCCCGCGCUAGUGGUUCCGGCUGGGCUUCUGCCGCCCCUCUGCUCCUCGUCUUCCCCCUCCCCUCUCGCACCUCUCCUCCCUCCCAUUCCUGGGAAAAAGAGAAGCCGCCGCUGCGGGUGGGUAGAGAAGCAUCGGCGCCUCCGGGAGGGGACUGCGUCCGCCCCAUCUGAGCUCCGGAGCACGGCACGACCAGGAGGACAGUUGUGAGGCCAGUGCACUUUUGACUCAAUGGGGCUGAAUGGGUUACCAAAUAUCUUCCUAUGCUUGAGACCUACAGACUACGUGUCCUACAAGAACUAAUCAAUGGUUUUUCAUCUCCUGGAGAUAAAUUAGAAACAUAAACAUGGUGCCAAAAGAACUCUUUACCUUACUCUGACUACGGUUUAUCUGGACAUACUUUUGUAUUGAAGAGAAGUAUACAGAUUAAGGCUACUUGUGCAGACACAGUGUCGUGUAGGAUCAUGGACCAUCCUAGCAGGGAGAAGGAUGAAAGACAACGGACAAGUAAACCCAUGGCUCAAAGGAGUGCACACUGUUCUCGACCACCUGGUUCCUCGACAUCCUCUGGGGUUCUUAUGGUGGGACCCAACUUCAGGGUUGGCAAGAAGAUAGGGUGUGGGAACUUCGGAGAGCUCAGAUUAGGUAAAAAUCUCUACACCAAUGAAUAUGUAGCUAUCAAACUGGAACCAAUAAAAUCACGUGCUCCACAGCUUCAUUUAGAGUACAGGUUUUAUAAACAGCUCGGCAGUGCAGGUGAAGGUCUCCCACAGGUGUAUUACUUUGGACCAUGUGGGAAAUACAAUGCCAUGGUGCUGGAGCUUCUUGGCCCUAGCUUGGAGGACUUGUUUGACCUCUGUGACCGAACUUUUACUUUGAAGACUGUUUUAAUGAUAGCCAUCCAGUUGCUUUCUCGAAUGGAAUAUGUGCACUCAAAGAACCUCAUUUACCGAGAUGUCAAGCCAGAGAACUUCCUGAUUGGCCGACAAGGCAAUAAGAAAGAGCAUGUUAUACACAUUAUAGACUUUGGUCUAGCCAAGGAAUACAUUGACCCUGAAACCAAAAAACACAUACCUUACAGGGAGCACAAGAGUUUAACUGGAACUGCAAGAUAUAUGUCUAUCAACACGCAUCUUGGCAAAGAGCAAAGCCGGCGGGAUGAUUUGGAAGCCCUGGGCCAUAUGUUCAUGUAUUUUCUCCGAGGCAGCCUACCCUGGCAAGGACUCAAGGCGGAUACAUUAAAAGAGAGAUAUCAAAAAAUCGGUGACACCAAAAGGAAUACUCCCAUUGAAGCUCUCUGUGAAAACUUUCCAGAGGAGAUGGCAACCUACCUGCGAUAUGUCAGGCGAUUAGACUUCUUUGAAAAACCUGACUAUGAGUAUUUACGGACCCUCUUCACAGACCUCUUUGAAAAGAAAGGCUACACCUUUGACUACGCCUAUGAUUGGGUGGGGAGGCCUAUUCCUACUCCAGUAGGGUCCGUCCACGUAGAUUCUGGCGCAUCCGCAAUGACCCGAGAGAGCCACGCACACAGGGACCGGCCGUCACAGCAGCCUCUACGAAAUCAGACUGCAUCGUCAGAGCGCCGAGGAGAGUGGGAAGUCCAGCCCAGCCGGCAGACCAAUACCUCGUACCUGACGUCUCACUUGGCUGCAGACCGCCAUGGGGGAUCAGUGCAGGUGGUUAGCUCAACCAAUGGAGAGCUGAAUGUCGACGACCCCACGGGAGCCCACUCGAACGCGCCGAUCACAGCUCACGCCGAGGUGGAGGUAGUGGAGGAAGCUAAGUGCUGCUGUUUCUUUAAGAGGAAAAGGAAGAAGACUGCUCAGCGCCACAAGUGACCAGUGCCUCCCAGGAGUCCUCAGGCCCCGGGGACUCUGACUCAAUUGCACCUGCAGCUCCUGCCAUUUCUCAUUGGAAGGGACUCCUCUGUGGGGGAGGGUGGAGAUCCAAACCAAAAAGAAGAAAAGAGAUGCCCCCAGAAGGAGCCAGUGUGGGCAGCCAGGGCCCAGAGGGUCAGUGGCUUUCCCUGCCUGCCUGUGGCUCUGAGCAGGUCCCAGAGCUGCUGGGCCUCCACUGCUGGCCCUUGGGGCUGGCUGCCUGGUUGACUCUCCUUCCUAUUGUUUACAGUGAAGGUGUCAUUCACAAAAACUCAAGGACUACUAUUCUCUUCCCUCCCCUUAGUUUACUCCUGGUUCUUGCCCCACCCUCAACCCUCUCCAGCAUCAAAGCUAAUGAGUUGAAGGCUUUGUCUGCUGAAGGAGCUCAAGAGUCUGGGGGUGCGGCCAGGAAAGUAGGAGGAAGAGGCAGGCCUGGGCUGGAGGAGCACCUUCUCCACUUGCCAGGUGUGUCUGGCAGUCUGGCUCCCUCUUCCUCCGUGCCUGUGCAGCCUCCAUCCCCCGCCGCCCCGGGGGUGCAGGCCCCUCCCUCCCUCCCUCCCUCCCUCCUGUGAAGUUACACUGUAGGACAAAGCUGUGAGAAGUCUGCAGUCUACUGUCCCUGCGUGUUGGCGUUCUUAGCUUUCUUGACAAGCGAACUGUGUUCUUCAGACAGCAGCAGAACAAUGCAGAUUGUCCUGAGCAAAGGAAAAAACUGACUUUAUUGCACUUUUAGUUGUUAUUUUGUUGUUUUGUUUUGUUUUGUUUUUUAACAAAAAAAAACAUGGCAGAUGCAUAUUGUGUCUGGUUAUAUUGGGAGUUUUACUUUUUUUCUGUUUUGAGGGGGAUGGGGCCAGCCAAGCCAUUCAGAGAGAACAUGGGUCCAGAGGACAUUCUCAGUGGAAAGAGUUGGGUCUGCAGCACCCAGAAGAAGAGAAGAAGCCAAAACUCUGUGUCUUCCUGAGUGAACACUCAGGUUGGCAGGGAAGCAUACUUGAAUUUUCGUUCAUCUUCUCAGCUGCUGAAGAAUGUCGCUGCCGGAGCCUCUUGACCUCAUCAGCCUGCAGUUUGGACAAACCUAGCUCCCCAGCACAUGGGAUGAGCCAGCCAAGCCAGACUGUGGCCAGGAGACAGUUCAUCCCAGAGAAGGAGAUGCUUAACACAGAAGUCUGAAAUGUCUGUUUCCUCCACUGCCAGGGACUUCCAACUAGAUAGCCAUGUGACUUCCUUAGUGACUUGGGGGACAAAAUUAGUGAUGAAACAGCCACCACCAUAUUGCCACCAGUGGACAAAAAGGAGGAAAGUGAUCCUGCCUUCCAACUGCCAGAGGAACCUCAGGAUUUGGCUCAUCACAGGGCCAGGAAAUAAAAUCGGUGUGUACUCUUUGCCCCAAUAGCUGAGUUCCAGCGUUUGGGCUGGCCUGCCUUAUCAGAAACCAGGCUCCUGCAAAUCUUCUCCCAGCAGGUCCAUAGCAGCAGGCUGAGGACUCAGUACUUGGGACUGUAGUGAAUGAGAAGGUAAGACUGGUUAGUGCUGGAAGAUACCAGGGCAGAGAAGACCGAAAUGAAAGGUCUGAAAUUAUCCUCUCACUUGGACAUAGACCCCUUCCAGAUAAGACGGCCACACAUCUCGAGCACGUUGUCCCCGGUACGCUGUCCCCUCCCCCGUGGUGUGGUCACGUGAUACACUGCCAUGAAGGGUCUCGGUUCCUCAUUCACUGCUUGAAAAGUCAUUGAUGUAUGGAGUUAACCUCAUGCUUGCUUUUCAUUUGAAUUCAGUGGCUUAUCCAAACAGUGACCUCUCAUUCUAGAUAUGCUAGAGAAGAAAGGAUCAAUUACAGCAGGGGAUGAGGUUUUGUAUCUGGGAGUAGAGAGAGCUCACCACGGAGGACAGUGGCUGGGGACUUCGUCUGGGCACUUGGGGGGAACAAGUCAUUGCCUCUGGCUUGAGGUGUAGGGCUGUCUUUUGGACUGGAGGUCGUGGGGACACUUCCUGGUAAUUGGCAUUUCCUGACAAGUCGCUUGAUGUAUCUUACAUGGAGCAGAAGUAGCUGCAGUAGCGUGGAUCCAAGUUACUGGGCUUCACCUGUGUCCCAUUGGGUCCUGGCUAGCAAAUAGCACGUCACUGGCCUCAAACCUGCCUAGCUUAUGUAAACAUCGUAAUCUUUCAUUUCUUUAAAAGAAACUUUUCUAUAAACAAAACAGAGUGGCUGAAAGAUUCAGUGUCACACCACUUCCCCACAAGGAUUUUAAAUAGUGGGGUUUGCUUCUUUGACAUUACCUGGUGGUUAAGGCACCAUCACUGAAGCUUACAUAGUUUCUCAGUUGGCAUCUGGGCAACUCUGACUUCCUGUAUAGAAACUUACACAUCCCUAUAUAGAAGAAGCCUUGCCUCUCAAGGGAGGGCAAGGGGAAAUGGUGGCAAAGCCGGGAGCAUUCCUGGCACUCUGUACCCCACUAAGUGCCUCCCCACUCCCUUUUCCACAAAAAAGUAAAGGCAGUUACCAGCUUGGCUGCAGGGCCUACCCUCUUGCAGCUGGGUUUGUGACCUUUUGGGAGUCGUAAAUUUUUUUUUUAAGUCUAGCUCUUGAGGGACUUAACCUGAGCAGUUGUUGGGGGAGUCUUCCUGAUGCACUGUUCUUACUCUGCCCCCCCCCACCCCCAUCUCUUACUAGAUACUUGGUUUUUCAUGACAGGUGAAGAGCCCAGGACCUGGCGUGCACAGCAGCGGUGAUCCUUCCAGAGCCACUGGCCCUCCAAGGGGGUCCCAGACCCCUGGGGCAUUCUGUUGUGAUCUUUCUUAAAGUAAGGAGUAAUUUGGCCAUCAGUUCCAUCCCCUCAGCCCGUCAGGGCUCCCUCCUCAGCCCUCUUGCUAUAGUCGCUGAACUGUGUUCCUCAGCCAGCUCCUUGGGGUUGGGCACUCCCUGCACCCACCCCCCACCCAGAUCCACUUGCUCUGUAGCUUUUGAGCUCCUCCGCUUCACAAGCAGGAUGCCUGGGGAUGUUUUCCUUUGGGAUUGAUGCAGAUAUUUCUGAGUUAGCCUUAAGCACUAACGACAUUAGGAGUCCUCCCAAACCCCACGGUCCUUCAGGCCUUGCGUCCUGAGCAGAUUGAGGCAAGCAGGCCAGGAAUCCACCAACACCUACGGGGUCCUUCCCUUGUGACGAGAGCAUGACUGGUGUCUGUGCAGUCUCGGCUUGUCAGAGCCGAUCGCUUGCUGUAUACCCACUUGGCAUUUCCCAGUGGUCUCGCUCCAGACCGCUCUGCAAGGUGGGGCUGUGUGCCAGCAGCAAUGUGCUUUCAUGACUGCCGUAAUUAACAUUCUCCUGCCACUUUGGGUCUUUCUACAAGGAAACAGGGUCUAGGAAGGUACGAGUCAGGUGACUCAGUCGGCCUCGAAUUAAAGCCUCACUUUACUUUAGAACGUAGGGGCAAGAGGAGACAGCAGGGUCCUGAGGUUUCCAGUAGAAGUGUGAUUGCCUGUUCAUUCUCAGUGAACUCCAGGUUCAUAGAAACAGCCCCUGCCAUUAGCCGGAAGAGGUGUCCAUCACCUCUAAAGUAGCUUCACUGGAAAUGUACAUUGGGAGUACAUAUUCAGUGUUGGUUCUCAGUCUUAGUAACCACUUUCAUUGUCAAAAGUGAGUAAUGGUAGUGAUACGCCACGGUGGUUACUUAAAGAUCAUAGCCUUAACUUUUUUUUUAUGCAAAAGAUAUACCCUGUCCCCCCUCUUAGUGAGUAGCAUAACCUGUAUCUUUCAAAAAUAAGUACUUCCAUGGCAGCCUGGAAAGCAUCUCCUCUAAGGAACUUCAUCUUUCUUCUGAUGCGUCAUCUCCCAAGUCCACAUGCCUCCCAUGUCGCGGUCACCUCUUCCAUUUUCAUAUUUCAGCCAGUUUUCAUUCCCAAUGUGUUGCCCUGACAACAUCAUCUUCAGUGUCAGAACCACGUUAGGGCCAGAAUUUCUCAGAUUGGGAGCCUGCAGUGCCAUACAGCCAAAAUUGCCUUUGCCAGGCCACUGCCACCAUCCCCACCAAUGCUCCAAACUGGGCCGAUGAAUUCCAGAAACCCUUAAGGAGCCAGGGUAACUUGGCUCUCCAUCUGGAUUGGCCUGAGCAACAGGCAUGUGUCUCGGGUUCUUCUACCAACUCCAAGGCUCCAGGAAAGUCCCAUCUAGAGGGUGAUGGCCAGUGACUCCCAGUCUUCCCUGUGGUAGGUUGGUAGAAAUCAAAAUGGGAUGCCUGUGGUUUUGUUUUCUUGGGUGGGUUUUUGUUUUUUUUUUAUUUGGUUGGGGAAGAGAGUGAUUUUGUUUCUGAAUAAGAAAGAAAGGAAACCAUGGUCCUUUAGAGGGUUUGCAGAGUUUUAAGUAGUGUUUUACCCACAGAUAAGGAAUCUUGGAAGUCUUUGAUCAAUUAAGCACUCUUAAGAAUAUGUUUUUCCUAAUUCCUUUUGCAAUUGACUGCAAAAGAAUAGGUUUCUCCAUUGUAUUCCAAAUAGUAAGUAGGUUCCCUGGAUAUACACAGUAGUAGUUGACAUAUUUCCUCAAAAAGCAACCAGGAAGUCCACUCCAGUGUUUAUUUUGUAGCUCAGUUUGUAUUACAAAGGAAAAAGUGAACCUGUACUCCAUAUAUUUCUAGUUUGAUUACCAAACUCAAUGUUAUAUAUAGAGAAACCUCAGUUCUGUGGACAGAAUUUAUUUUGUUAUUUUUCUCCUUUUACUCCUCACAGUCAUCUUUCCAGUGCCAUCACCACCUUCAAAGCAGAGGGCUAUCCAUGGUAGUAAAUGGGAUGCAGUGCAGUCAUCCCUGUAACCCACACCAGAGGACAGAUGUCCUGACUGCCCCUUCCCGGCAAGUCCCCUCCUUAAGGGCAGGUGAGACUUUCAGUGUUCCUCUUCAUGAGCUCCAGACCAAAUCCCAGGCCAGCCCUUACACCGAAAGCUUUUUUAAGAGGCUUAUCAGUCUGUUAGGAAUGUCUCAGGAAGAUGAGCCAUUUCUUUGAGGGGGAAAUAUAUUUACAGAUGGGUGUGUGUUGUUGCAUUUUUAUGCUUGUGUGUGUGUGUGUGUGCGCGCGCGCGCGUGUGUGUGUGUGUGUGCACAGCUCAUCUGUGUGCAUUUCACUUCCAUAAAGACUCAGCCCAGGCUGCUGGGACCACGUAUUCCUGAAUAUUCUCGGAAGUAAACAGGUAACAAGUGAGUUUCUCAAAUUAGUGUCACCGCAGCAAGCUGGCUCUUGGAAUGAGCCCCAUUUAUCAAGCAGAAGAGUAAAACAACAGAAAAGAUAGAAAUGAAACCAAAAAUAUUAUAAACCCCCCAAUGGAAAAUAAUGUUGAUUUCAUCAGUUCCCAUUGGACAUAUUACAUGCUCUAAUUUAUUAUAUUGUUUUGUCUGUUUCUUUAAUCUUGACCCAUUGUACUUUUAAAAAGAUGUUGGGAUGUUGAUUGCAAUUUUUUAAAACUAGAUAAUGUAUAAAUCAGCUGUGGAAAUCAAUUUUAAUUGAUGUGUGGAUGUGUCUGAUUAUUGUUAAAUGCCUUUUUUUAUCUUUUAUUUUAGAUAUGUAAUAUUGUUUCAUAAACCCUGGCACUGGUCGCAAAGCUCAGCUGUGAAAAUGAAACUUGUAGUAUUUUUAAACAUGAAUGUCAGUUUCAAGUGUAUUUAAAAUGGUUCCUCCAGGAGAGAGAUUUGUACACCAUUAAGUAAAAACUCCUCUUCAGAGGAAGUAGCCUUCUUUGGGAAAAAUGGAAAUGGGUCUUGAUAUGUUAUCUCAGAGUAGCCAUUUCCUAGGGCACCAUGGAAAACACAAAUGUGAUCUUUAAGUACACCUCUUCCCCAAUUUGGGGAGGAAAGGACUCAGUUUGCACCCUUUUUGUAUGUAAAAUAAAAUGUCUUACCUUUCUUGGCUAA